AUGGCCGCCCCGCUCCGGCCGCCUCUCUCUCGCCACGCUCCGGCCUCGGCCGCGCCGCCUGGCCGCCCUCGCCUCGCCCCGCUCCCGGUCGCCCUCGCUUCGCCCGGCUCUCGCCAUGGCCGCGCCGCUUCGGCCGCCUCGCCUCGCUUCGCCGGCCCGGCCGCUCUCACCCCGCCUCGCCCCGGCCGCCCUCGCCUCGCCUCCGCCCCGCUCCCGACCACGCCGCCCUCGCUUCCGCUUCGGCCAUGGCUGCGCCGCCUCGCCUCGCCUCGCUCCGGCUCGCUUCGCCUCGCCUCGCUCCGGCCAGAGCUCGCGCCGCUUCGGCCGCUCUCGCCUCGGCCCGGCGGCGCUCGCCCAGCCCCGCUCGGCUGCAGUUCGCCGGCGAAACGGGGUCUGUUAGACCUGCUCUAA